UAAUGGAGCAAUUCAUUCAACAGCACAGACUUGAGGAUGCAAUACUAAACAACGGAUUGGAUCAACCCGAGGAAAUCCUUACUAAACCAAUGCCUGAAGUCCAAAGAGUACUCAAGAUCACCAAAGCAGACUGCAACACACUCUAUUCAGCCGCAUCCUCCGAAAUCUACGAUUGGAGGAAGCGACACCAGACAGUAGAUGACCUUUCGGAAUCAACAAUUCAACUUGGUGAUCCUGGCUUUGAUAAGAUGUUAGGAGGUGGAAUCCUACUAGGUUCAGUAACAGAAAUAGUAGGAGAAAGGUAAAGUAAAUCAAACAAAAGAAAGAUGUGUAAAUGAAAUCAAUUGAGUAUAUGCUUAUGGGCUAUACAU